CGAACCCUCGGCUAACGCUGUCGUCUCCAUUUCCUUCUCUGCGAAACUCGGCGUCGUUCCCAAGCGGGGCGGAAGAAAGUGGGUUUUUGUUAUCUCUUUCCCAGCGGCGGAUUUCAACUUUAUCGGAAUGGAUCCCGACGCGGUGGCUAAGGCAUUCGUCGAUCAUUAUUACUCUACCUUUGACGCCAAUCGAGCUGGUCUUGCUAAUCUCUACCAGGACACUUCUAUGUUGACGUUUGAAGGUCAGAAGAUCCAAGGCUCGCCGAAUAUUGUCGCCAAGCUUACUAGCCUCCCCUUCCAGCAGUGUCAGCACUCCGUUAGCACUGUCGAUUGCCAGCCUUCCGGCCCCACUGGUGGCAUGCUCGUCUUCGUCAGCGGCAAUCUUCAACUCGCUGGUGAACAACAUGCUCUCAAAUUCAGUCAGAUGUUCCAUUUGAUGCCAACUCCACAGGGAAGCUUCUAUGUGCUGAACGACAUAUUCCGAUUGAACUAUGCCUGAAGUUGAGAGUAAACUGUGGUAUUGGGAGGCCUGAGAUGUCAGGUCAUUCAACCAGUUUGUUUAUCACCUUUCAGUUUUUUGGACAUUUCAAAUUGGAACUUGGAUUAUAUUUUAUUGUGCUUAUGCUUCAAUGUGUGCCUAUGCAAAGUCGAAUUUCUUGUUUGUCAUUGAGUAUUGAUGAAAUAGAUGCUUUCUUCAAAUUCAAGUGA